AGUCCAGCCCAUUUAAUUAAAUCUCAGCCCAACCCACAAACAGCAUAGCACAGGGACACCCUCAAAAUUUUGGAUUGAAUUCUCCACUUCCCAGAAUAUUUCAGAAGCUUCGUCCCAAUUCGCGAAGGUUUUAGAGACCUCUGAACAACAAACGCUCACUCGAGAAACAUCCCAAAUUAUCCAAUCACUCCCUAUAAAUGCUUCCCAAAACCCUAAAUCCCUAAUCAUCGAUGAAAUCCAAAGCAACCAAAGAGAAGAGCAAGAUCAACAACAACAACAGCAUUAGAAGAAGAUCAACAAGAGGAUUGGGAGAAGCAAUGGACCUGGUGAUGGGUUUGGAGGGACCUCUCAUGUCCACAUUGCAGCACCUCAUGGACAUACCUGAUGAGGUGGUGGAUAAAGCCAUCAAUGCACCGACCAGAGCCUACGUUCGUGAUCGUAAAGCCAUGGCUGCGACUCCGGCAGACGUGAAGGAACUCCCUGGAUCUUACGUCUUUGAGAUGGAUAUGCCUGGGGUGAAGCCAGGGGAGAUCAAGGUCCAGGUUGAGGAUGAGAACGUGGUCGUGAUCAGUGGUGAGAGAAAGAGAGGAGAAGAAGAGCAGGAUGUGAAGUACCUGCGGAUGGAGAGAAGGGUCGGUAAGUUCAUGAGAAAGUUCUCGUUGCCGGAGAAUGCGAACACGGAGGCGAUCUCAGCGGUUUGCCGGGAUGGAGUGCUGACCGUGACCGUGGAGAAGCUGCCGCCGCCGGAGCCGAAGAAGCCGAAAUCCGUCGAGGUUAAGGUCGCAUGAAAGAUGUUUAAUGUUUUCCCUUUUUGAUCUGUGAUCUGUGUUUUGUGUGUUGUAUGAGAAAACUAUGUAUUUUGUACUAGAAGUGUGUUAAAGAUAUCGCGAGUGCUCUGUUAAUGCUCUCUCACUCUUAUCUGUUAAAUAAAUAUUUCUCUUCUUUGUUUGUUUAAAACAA